GUCAAUGGCUUCCAUGCUGCGGGUUUCCGUCGUUGCGAAUGCCCUUCUUGCCUGUGACCCAUGGCUAACCACCCCCGCUCCUGUGUAGAUGUCGCCGGAUGAGGAGCAAAUGCGUCCACGACAAGGCACAACCACCAUGCAAAGCUUGUUUCGAAUCAGGGCUCAGUGCCCAAGACUGUAUAUUUCCCGUCCGAGGCCAACCAGACAAUGAUCGUGACUUCCGCCACCCACGCAUGAGGGCCGAAAAGACGGCCAGACGCGACCCCGCCAAGGUGCGACGGGACAUUCUAGAAGCUCCUGUCGUGCGACCUCCAGGCUCGAAAGCCGAUGAAUGGGAUCGUCUACCUCCCCUGCCGGACCUCAUCGACGGUAUCAACCGAUUCACCCGUCACUACUUCCAACACGGCUUCAUCCCCAAGCAACAGUUCCCUGCCCGGCUCCACCAUGACCCUCGCUCUGUCAGCGUCUUUCUUGUCGUUUGCAUUCUCAGCAUCUCGGCACGCCUGACUCCCGCUCUCGCUGCCCGGUAUGGCUCUGGUAUCCAGGCCGCCGAAUUCUUCAUGGAGCGUGCGUCCCAGCUCGCAUACGGUGAACUCUACCAAGAGCCCACUCUCGAAAGAUGCCAGGGAUUCUAUCUACUUAGCAUCGCUCAACAAGGUAGCGGAUUAAAAAAUAUGAGCUAUAUUAACAUGGGAGUUUCGAUGCGAAUGGCUUCCUUGAUGAGACUUCACCGAGAGGAAACUUACCAGAUCCCAAACCCUAGCCCCGAAAUCAUCAUACGAGCUGAAUCUGCUCGAAGGACUUUGUGGAUGCUUCAUAGCCAAGACCAACUACACUCUAGCCCCUAUUCGCCUGUCUCCCUUGCUGCCUCAGACAUCACCGCCCUCCUUCCCUGCGACGAGCAAGACUUUGCCGCAGGUCGUCAACCUCGCUCACGUGCCGCCCUUGAGGGUACACCCCCGGCAGACGAAAACCCAUCGCUCGUCUUCGAUCCGAAUCGUUCGCUUUUUGCAUCUAUGGUUCAGGCUCACCACUUCUGGGGAAUUGUAAGUCGCCGUGCAGUCAACUUUGCCAGGAGCGCCAGCCCCUGGGACCCCAAUAGCGAAGCUGCUAUUAUGAUCAAGAGGUUGCGCGACUGGGAGCAAGGUCUACCCCAGGAACACCAAUGGAGUCACUACUACUUCAAGGAGUACAAGGCAGACGGCCAGGAUUUGGCAUAUCUCGGCGUGACUAUGAUUCCACGGCUUUGCAAUAUUGUCUCCCGGCGACCCUACUUGACAGACUUCUUGACCCUCGGCUCCAAGGACGAACAAAAGCAGGCCUACUUCUCCAACCUCUCUCUUGAGCUCUUCCACAAUGUCCGCCGUCUCUUUGACCAAAUCGACGCCCAGUUCACUCGUCGCUCUCCAGAUGAGAGUGUCGGCGCCCAGAUGGCCGCCUUCUGUGUCUACAGUUGUGGCCUCUUCGCCACCUACCUUUGCCGGUACCCAAAUAUCUGCCCAGAUCCCAUGAUUACCCGCGACGGUCCCAUGAUGCUUCAUCGUACCCUUAGCAUCCUCAUGGAGUGUAAAGAGGUCUGGCCACUGGCUUCACGCUGGGUCGACGCCCUCGAACGAUUCGCUCGCGACCCGAGCGGUUCUCUCGGCGCUGAUGGCAGCAUGGCCGAUGGCAAGGACCCUAUUCCCAAUCCCGUCGCCGUCGCCACCACAUCUUCCAUCAACCCCCCCAUGGCAUCCCAGUCAACUUCUACUUCUUCACUUCCAUCACCAUCCUCUUCAUCAUUCUAUGGCAGGACGCGCGGCUCAUUUGAUGCAACUCAAUCCUCCUCCACCCUCCGGUCACCCUCCUCUCACGAACACAUGACGCCCCUCACGACGCCGACUGCCCACAUCAUACCCUUGCACUUCGCCCAACAAGGGCAGCAACCUCCUCGGCAGCAACAGCAUCAUCAGCCGCAACAAAAUCACCGGCCGCAUCAGCACCAACAGCAACACCAGCAGCAGCAGCAACACCAGCAACAACACCAGCAGCAACACCAACAGCCCAUUUCCGUCCCUGACACCCAGGUCUACUCUCAGCAACAACUCCCUACGCACCUCUAUAUGGCCGCUAACACCAACACCGGUAACUCCAACGGUCUGGGCAUGCUUGUCGAGGCCUUCGAUUCUUCUCCACAAAAUACCACCGUAGUAUCCGUCCAAGGCUAUCCUCUCCCCAACAGCAACACCAUUGUCGCCUCCGAAGCGCCUGGCGCCGGUCUCUACCCCUCUGCUGACGGCUUCGAGAAUGAGUUACAAUUUUAUAUCAACGGCCCGCAGGAUUGGAUGCCGCCCAGUGGUGUCUUUGACGGAUACAGUUAGCAAUUACUCCCGCGCCAUCACCAGACACAAGCUUAUGUAUCCAUAUUCACGUUCAUGUUUCAUAUCCUAUCUAGUACGCACCCUCCUAUCACCACCUUGUCACGAGUGAUGACGCUGUCCUUUCGUUGGUCUUCAUUUUCUUCCUUUUACUUUUCAUCUUCCUACAU